AUGCUGGACCAGCACCACACGGACCUGAUCUUAAAGGUGAGAGUGGGGAGGGUGCGGGCAGCCCCUGGAGGCUCUCCUCUGGUGGCCGGGCUGGCUCCGCGCGGGGUCCCGGCUGAGAAAGCUGCUUCUGCUAUCCCAAGAGGCGGCUGUUGCAGGGUUUUUCCCUGCACGUUGCAUACUGCUGUAACCAAGAUCCAGGUUCCAAGACCUGGCUUUAACUAUACGUUUGCCCACAUAUGUGUCCUGAAUAAUGACAAGACUUGCAUUGUGGAUGACAUAGUACACGUCCUGGAAGAGCUAAAGAAUGCCCGGGCCACCAAUCGGACCAAUUUCGCUAUCACAUAUCCGAUCACUCACUUAAAGGAUGGAAGGGCUGUCUAUAAUGGGCACCAACUUGGAGGUGUCACUGUACACAGCAAGGACCGGGUGAAAUCUGCAGAGGCCAUUCAGCUCACUUACUAUCUGCAGUCAAUCAACAGUCUCAAUGACAUGGUAGCUGAGAGGUGGGAGUCCAGCUUCUGCGACACUGUCAAACUAUUCCAGAAAUCAAACAGCAAAGUCAAAAUAUACCCGUACACAUCCUCCUCAUUGAGGGAAGAUUUCCAGAAGACCAGCCGUGUAUCAGAGCGUUACCUGGUUACCAGCCUGAUCCUGGUAGUCACCAUGGCCAUCCUCUGCUGCUCUAUGCAGGACUGUGUCCGCAGCAAACCCUGGUUAGGCCUUCUUGGAUUGGUGACCAUAAGCCUAGCCACUCUCACUGCAGCUGGAAUCAUCAAUCUUACUGGUGGGAAAUACAAUUCCACCUUCCUGGGAGUCCCUUUCGUCAUGCUAGGUCAUGGAUUAUACGGGACUUUUGAAAUGUUAUCCUCGUGGAGGAAAACUAGAGAGGACCAACAUGUUAAAGAGCGAACUGCAGAAGUCUAUGCAGACUCCAUGCUCUCCUUCUCUCUCACCACUGCCAUGUACUUGGUCACCUUUGGUAUAGGGGCCAGCCCUUUCACGAACAUCGAGGCAGCCAGGAUUUUCUGCUGCAAUUCCUGUAUUGCAAUCCUCUUCAACUACCUCUAUGUACUCUCAUUUUAUGGUUCCAGCCUUGUGUUCACUGGCUACAUAGAAAACAAUUACCAGCAUAGUAUAUUCUGUAGAAAAGUUCCAAAGCCUGAGGUAUUGCAGGAGAAGCCAGCAUGGUAUAGGUUUCUUCUGACAGCUAGAUUCAGUGAGGAUACAGCUGAAGGCGAGGAAGCAAACACUUAUGAGAGUCACCUAUUGGUAUGUUUCCUCAAGCGGUAUUACUGUGACUGGAUAACCAACACCUAUGUCAAGCCUUUUGUAGUCCUCUUUUACCUUAUUUAUAUUUCCUUUGCCUUAAUGGGCUAUCUGCAGGUCAGUGAAGGGUCAGACCUUAGUAACAUCGUAGCAACUGCAACACAAACCAUUGAGUACACUACUGCCCAGCAAAAGUACUUUAGCAACUACAGUCCUGUUAUUGGGUUUUACAUAUAUGAGUCCAUAGAAUAUUGGAACUCUAGCGUCCAAGAAGAUGUUCUAGAGUACACUAAGGGGUUUGUGCGGAUAUCCUGGUUCGAAAGCUACUUAAAUUAUCUUCGGAAACUCAAUAUAUCCACUGACUUGCCUAAGAAAAAUUUCACAGACAUGUUGAGGAAUUCUUUCCUAAAAGCUCCUCAGUUUUCACAUUUUCAAGAGGACAUAAUCUUCUCUAAAAAGUACAAUGAUGAGUUUGAUGUAGUGGCCUCUAGAAUGUUUUUGGUGGCCAAGACCAUGGACACAAACAGAGAAGAACUCUAUGAUCUCUUGGAGACCCUGAGGAGGCUUUCAGUCACCUCCAAGGUGAAGUUCAUUGUCUUUAAUCCGUCUUUUGUGUUUAUGGAUCGAUAUGCCUCCUCUCUGGGAGCCCCCCUGCACAACUCCUGCAUCAGUGCUUUGUUCCUGCUCUUCUUCUCGGCAUUCCUGGUGGCAGAUUCAAUGAUUAAUGUCUGGAUCACUCUAACAGUUGUGUCUGUGGAGUUUGGAGUGAUAGGCUUCAUGACAUUAUGGAAAGUAGAACUGGACUGCAUCUCUGUGCUAUGCUUAAUCUAUGGUAUUAACUACACAAUUGACAAUUGUGCUCCACUGUUAUCCACAUUUGUCCUGGGCAAGGAUUUUACAAGAACUAAAUGGGUAAAAAAUGCCCUGGAAGUGCAUGGGGUAGCUAUUUUACAGAGUUACCUCUGUUAUAUUGUUGGUCUAUUUCCUCUCGCAGCUGUGCCUUCAAAUCUGACCUGUACACUGUUCAGGUGCUUGUUUUUAAUAGCAUUUGUCACCUUCUUUCACUGCUUUGCCAUUUUACCUGUGAUACUGACUUUCCUGCCACCCUCUAAGAAAAAAAGGAAAGAGAAGAAAAAUCCUGAAAACCGGGAGGAAAUUGAGUGUGUGGAAAUGGUGGAUAUUGAUAGUACCCGAGUUGUUGACCAGAUUACCACAGUGUGAUAGUAUCUGCUUCAUAUAUUUUCACCCUAGGUCUUACUAAGAACAAAGGCUUAUGUUGGUGAAGCAUAGUCAAAGUUGCUCUGUUUUCAAAAAGACAAAAAAAAAACAGACACUGAAAAAUAUAAAAGUAAAAGAUGAGUAUAACAGGAAUGGCAUCUUUAAAAUCAUUAAAGCAAAGGGUUCUUAUGAAAAGGAAUUUACUUACACACACACACAGUCACACACACACACACACACACAGUCACACACACACACACUGGACUCAGUGUUUUAAAUAAGAUCAAACAGAGGAAAGUUGAUUAAUAAGAAGGAUCCCAUUUUACCAACACUGUACUAGUUACUGGUAUUAUAAUAAAAUGCAACUGAUUUCAAGGUCAGUGGCCAUGACAAAAAUAUCUUUAGGCAUUGUUCAAAAGAACAAGGCUACCUACACUUCUGCAGAGCUGUAACUCUACUUAGGUUCUGUGGUUUAAGAUCUUCAUUGUCUGAUUUAGCACCUCAACACUCAAGGAGAUUCUGUAAAAGUUCUCAUCAGCAAAAGGAAGCCAGAACCUCUGAAGCAGAUGUGGUAGACUGAACAUCAUACACAAAUUAAAAUUGAGUCACCCCAAAUUCACUUAAGUGAGCCAGUUUUUUUUUCCGUGAAUGAACUUGUCAUAUUCCUCCGCUGAUACACUUUUAACACCUGUAUGGUUUAGUUAAUGCACCCAGGAAUCAUUGACAGCUCUAGCACUACAGAAUUAGGGCAAUUCUAUUUUAGAAUAUCUUGUUACUUGUCAUCAGAUGGGUCUACUUCAUAAGUUACAGCUCUUGUCAGGAACUUCCAAGGGUGCAAAGCCACAGAGUCAAGUCCAAAUGGCUGGCAUGUUGGAGGAAAAGCAGUCAUCUAUAUGAAACUACAGAGUAACUCAAUAUUAAAAAAAGAAAGAGCUGUCUGGUACAGAUGUUGGUGGUUUGGCCCUAUGCGCAUUUUUGCAUGCAUGCCCAGAAACAACAUCUGCCCAUGUAUCUGAGGAAAAGAAAAUAAACACUAAAAUCAUUAUUGGUCAAAAAGUGCCAGAAUGAUGACUUCUACUUAAUUUAGUAGAGAAGAGGAAUAUCUUUGGUAAGUCUAAGUCCUGGCAAUGAGCCACUUUAUAAAAGUUCUGGGAGAUAAAGGGCUCAAAGGCAAGUAGCUGAAAAUUUCUGGAUAACAGUAAUCACCAGUACAAACCUAUCCACAACAGCAGCCAAACUUCCCUGCUAAACUGGCUGUACCUCACCUUCCUAAAAUGCCCUUUUGCUAUCUCUCUACUUCAUCAUAUGACCCUCUAUACACUAACAUGCCAAGAUAUUUAUACAGUCCAACAGUUGUAUCUACAAGGGCAAUGAUUCAUAGAUCCAAACAAAGACAGUUUCAUCUGAAGGGGAUAUGUAUGCUGCCCUCAGAACCCUGUAUUUCUUUAAAUCCAUAAAAUAAAGGCAAACCCUGGGUUACAUUUGAAGCAAACAGCUAUAAUGCCUUUCCUUUUUAGAGAUGUAGCGUCCUUGCCAUCUAUAAUGGUAAGCAUUUCCAAAAGGAAUGUUACCUUUCAGGACCUUAGCAGAUAUAUUGCAUGACUGGGGGAAGCGGGCCUUGAAAACUGAAGUAACUUACCCAGGUUGCACUACUAGUGGAGUUCCAUCAUUUCAGCAUGGCUAAUAUGGGGGGAAGGCAAUUGCAGAUUUUCUCAUAAGGCAGCUACUACCCCUUCCAAAUACAUAUGUAAGGUAGGAACAUAAGGCUUCGUUGGGCAUGGAACAAACGUAUUUUUAAUGUCUGGAAUGAAAACUCUUUGGAUUUAGGUUGGCUACUCUCAUUCUAAACAGCAAAAAAAAAAAAAAAAAAAAAAAA